UAACAAACCGCCAAGAAAGUGCGUAAACAUACAAUUUUACUUCAGCAUUCUCAAGAUCGAUACAAACAGAGGAGGUCUAACAAGGAAUUAGAGACUUACUACACCUUACACAUAGAAAAGACAAACAAGAUGCGAGGAAUCGAUAGGGGACGAGGGAAAGAGGAAACAGAAAUUAGCUCCAUUAAUGUGAUUCGGAAUUCGGAGUUUAGUUGUAGAAGGAAGGAGGGAAAGUUUUCGGACCGUAGGUGUGACGAGACUGACAAGUCGCCGACGCAGCCUCAAACACCGUCCCUUCCGAGAGAUAGCACUCGUACAGACUGAUAUCAUUGUCAUCGCCGUCGUGGUAGCAAGAAGGCAGCUCGAUUCCGGCACAGCGAAAUUUCGUCGGAUACACGUCCUGGAAUCUGCAAUGGAUCUUCCACUCCAAGUCGUACAAGGUGUCGGUCUCCCGCAUGUUGAAGGUAGCCUUCUCGUUGCCGCACUUCACCACGAACGGGAUCUUCUCUCCUCUCCUCUUCUUCGGCGGCAGCUCCACCGUCAGAUCCAGAUUCACAAACGACUCCUUCUUCUCUGCUUUCAGCUUGUACGACUGGAUCGAUCGGUCGUUGAGGAGCUCGCCGUCGCCUUUGUGGAAGAGCCUCUGCCUCGCGACGGAGACGCCGAGCAGGGACUGGAUGGCCUGCUUCAGGUCGAGGACGGUGGCGGACGGCGAAGGCAGUUGGAUCUCCGGCGCCAAUUGUGCGGCCGUUGAUCUUGAAUUUCGUCGCGCUGGCCAUGAUUCGCAGAGGAUUUCUUGCUGUGGCGUUGCUAGAUUUCUGCAAUGGAUUGAUCUAGCUCUCCAGAUUUAGAUUUUGGUGACUAUCUUUCCUAAUGUUGGUAUAUAUAGCAGUAUGCUUGUUGCCGGAGCG